AUGAAAGUCUCGAUUGCCUUUUUGAGCGCCCUCUUUGCUACGGCAUUUGCUGUUCCAGCACGUCAGGAUGGGGCUGAGAUCAACGAAGAGGUAGAGGUCAAACCUGAGGGCCUAUCAUGGGAGGAAUGGCACAUGCAACAUGAACAUCAGAAAGAUAGUUAUGAUCCAGAGACUUUUUUUGUACUGCAUGACAUUGGGGGUAAGGGUUACUUUGACAAGGAGGAUAUCUUAACCAUGUAUGGUCUAAAUCGUGCCGAAGUGGUCGGUAGUGGCGACGGAAUGGGAAAGCAUGACGACUCUGAAAUGAUUGAUGAAGAAACAUCUGAGAGAGUUUUUCGCCUGGUAAUGCAACUGCUGGAUGUUGAUGAUGAUAGUAAGAUCGAAAGGGCUGAGUUUUUAACUUUUGCCAAUGCAGGGAACAAGCUGCCGGAUUUGGGCGUCGGUGUCGGCCAUCACUCCGACUUUGAGCUCGAAUACGAACUCCACCAUUGGAACAAAUAUCAUAGAGAUCAGGAUCCGUAUGUUAAGAUUGUACACAAGGAGGAUAUAGAACACGACUUGUUACAUCAUGAGCAUGAAAUCGAGCAUGAAGAGCAACUCCAAAGGGGGGCCUCAAGAAUAACUGUAAUAACCGACGAUGAGCUGGAGGCGAGAAUAAAUUUCAAAAACAUUCCAUCAAAAUUUAAAAAAGGUUUUUAG